CACUACUGGAAUUGAAUUCCAGUACAAAGCAGUAAACUGGAUAACUCUCGUAUAGCCAAUCUCCUACUACCGAAUGAUGAGGCUCUAACAACCUAAUCAGAUUCCAUCUAUCUCAGGUUGCAGUAGAAAUCAGGAAAAGCUGAUCAGACUUCAAUUGACUCAAUAAACAUGCAUCAUUCGAUUAAAACCAAGCAGUAAUAUCAUCCCAAGUCAUUACAAUCAAAUCCCUAACACAUAGAACUAGGGUCCUUCAUACCCAAGUGAGAGAAGGGUUCUACUUCAUAGAGAGAGAGAGGAAAACAGAAUACAGAGUAGUCAUACUCAUAAAGAUGAGGAAAAUCUGCUCUGUGAUGAUGAUUUCCACUCCUAUGACGAUCUCCAAGCUUGAUUUGAUGAAACCCAGCUCCAAGAUAGCUUCUAGGAUGUGUUCUUCGUACUUUCUCUCUCUAGGGCUCUGUUUUUGCUCUCAAAACUCGAUUCUCUCACUUUCAGCCCGAAAUUGGGUUAAAACCAGGAAUUCCCGACUCACACGGGCAGGGCCACACGGCCGUGUGGCAUACCCAGUUGCCCGUGUGACUUCAAAACGCCGCGUAUCGAUUAAUUGGACUUCAAUCAACCUACACGGCUAGGGUCACACGGCCGUGUAACUCACCCUGCCUGGCCGUGUGAAGUCUCGCACAAUUCAACACGGCCAAACCACUCCUUCACACAGCCGUGUGGAUUUCAGGGCAAGCCGUGUGAAGACUCGCACAAUCCCACACGGCCAAAGUGGUCACUUGCACGGCCGUGUGGCUUCUGGUUGUGCCCGUGUGGCUUCCUUUUUGACUUGCCUCGCGCCCGAUCUUCGUCCAAUCGACCCCGAACUCGCUCCUAAACCUUCAUUCACUUGCUAGGACCUGAAAUAUCACAAACAAACACAACCUAGCGUGAAAUCGGCCUAAAACACGAGAAUUACCAUCUCAAAUGGCUCCAGAAUUGGGGUAAAAACAUGUGCAAUUAAGGGCUUAUCAGAACGCGUCUAGUUGUGGCGAGCAUCUACCCUAUAUCAAUCGCCCCUUUCCACGAGUUGAUUCUGUCCGAUUGGUUUAAUAUAGCAAUUGCCCUUUGUGACGAGUUGGGAUUGUCCGAUUGAUUCUGCAUCUAUCUUUUAUUUCAUGUUGUUCAAGUUGGAGAAAAGCUUCGAAAACCCUUAAAAAGAAGGAAGGCUACGUACUUUGGUCAUAUCAACCGAGUUCGAGGGUUCUCUUCGGAUUUGGAUCAUAUCAAGUGGUAUCAAGAGCCCGGUUCAAACUCAGCGGCGAGAAGAAGCUCUUGUAGAUCAAUAAUGGAGGAAUUCAAAGGAGGUUGGCAUUGUGUCCCCUAUAGGAGCAAUAAUCACUAUAGACGUCGAGAUAGCUACGAAGAGGAGUAUGGAGAAGAUAUGAAACUUAUGGAUGACAUAGAGAUCCCCACUUUUCAAGGCCGAAAUAAUCCAGAUGCAUACUUAGAUUGGGAAGAGAAGAUCGAGAUUGUAUUUGAUUGCUAUGAGUGUUCUGAGAAAGAGAAGAUUACAUUUGCUGCUAGUACAUUCAUCAUGCUCUUGAUUGGUGGACUCAAGAAUGCUCUAGGAGUAGACUUUUUAGAGAGGAACGACCAGCAAAGACAUGGAAGGAGAUGAAACAAUGCAUGAGAAGGAGGUAUGGCCCUACACAAGGUGAGAUGCAUCGAGCACUUGAUGUUCUUCGACAAGGUUCUAAUAGCGUGUAUGAUUAUUAUAAGAAGAUGAAGCGCCUAAUGGCUCGAGCAGAUUUUGAUGAAGAUGAGAAGGAAACUAUAGCUCGAUUUCUCAAUGGUCUUAAUCGUGGGAUAAGGCAUGUGGUGGAGAUUCAGCCUUUUAUUGAUUUGAAUGAGUUGGUACAAAUGGCAAUCCAAGUGGAGAAGCAGCAAAAGAGAGGUUAUACACGACAUAUUGCUUCUUCAACCAAUCUGAGUUUGUCUGAUACAGCAAAGGCUUCAUAUCCACGACAUGAAGAUCCCAAGCCCAUCCUCAAAUCGAAUCCAUCACUUAUAUCUUCAAGGGUAAUGUGCAAUGACAAGACUCGAUCUGACUUUCGCUCUAGUGAUGUUAUGUGCUACAAGUGUCAAGAAAAAGGUCACAUGGCUAGUCAAUGUCCCAAGAAAAGGCGUAUGGUGCCCUUGGAGAACAAAAAUGUCCAGAAUGUGCAAAGUGACAAUGAGAAUAAGCUUGUUCAAAGGGAGCUAAUAGAAGCAGACAAAAGGAUUAAGAUAGAGCAAGAGGUUGUCUGUGCAAGAUCCGUUGAUAUUGAUUCAAGUCAUGAUUCUUCAAGAUCAAUUGGCGGUGAUGAAGUUGUAGUAGAAGCUAAUGUCAAUGAUGAGAAGGAAUAAGCUACAGAUCAUGCUGAUUUGACCAUUAAAGAUGAAAUCCUACCCAAGGAUGUCUAUGACAAUGAAGAUACGGAGACAAAGGAGAAUGAUCUACAAGUUGAAGAAAGAGAAGAUCCAAAAGAGUCAUCAUCUAUUGGAGUAUAUUUGGUUAUUGGAGAUGUCAUCCUACAUCAUCAAAAUUCAUCCAUAGGCAUCUUCAAUGCACCAAGUACAACCACAACACCAAAUUCGCAUUCUAAGGAUGGUCCAAGUUCUUCCCAAUACAAGUCUAUUCAGAUGGGAGAUUAUAGUGUGAGUGUUGAGCAUAUGGAUUUCGUUAUUGGAGAUGAAGGGCCAUACAAUGAAGUACAAAUUAGAGAGAGACAAAGACUGCAAGAGUUCGUGGAUAAGCUUAGCAUUCAAGGACCAUACUCUAGCUCGUGGUUAAUGAAGUCGUACAAAAGAGCCUACAUGAAACAACAAGAUUUGAGGUCGAAUCUUAUUCAAGAGAGAGGGAAUGACGCGAUAUCGACUAGCGCGAUAUUCAAUUCUCGUGGUCCCAAAAUGAAUGUUCGAAUUCAACGAUUUAAGGAUCAACUGGGAGCAUUCUUGAUGGAUAAAAUGGAGAUGCAUUAAGGAUCCGGCCUACAACAUUUCUUGGAGCCCAAAACGUCCAUCCUUGCUGCCCAAUUCGUCCAAGUAUGAAAAGGACAAGGAAAGAGAUUGCUUAACCACUAAGGAGCUUCUUUAAGCAUUAAAAACGUGUUUGGGGAUUACUUAGCUGCUAGGAGCUUCCUUUGGUUAUAAAAACAAGUUAUAUUUCUUAUUUAAGUAGUAUUAUGUUUCCUAGUUAGUUUGGGAUUUGUUUUCCUAUUCCUUUUAGGUUAGAUUUAUGUUUUUAUGACCUCUAUAAAUAGAGGGUGUAAGAGCUACGAAUUUUGUACCCAAUAUUCAAGUUAUCAAUCAAAGUUGAGUUCAAGUUCAUUACGGACGAGUUCUUUUGUGCAAGACUUCUGUCGGGGAUUCCGAAAGAUUGUACGUGUCUCUUAUCAACUAGAGAACGCGUCUAGUUGUGGCCAGCAUCUACCCUAUAUCAAUUGCCCCUUUCCACGAGUUGAUUCUGUCCGAUUGGUUUAAUAUACCAAUUGCCCUUUG